AUGUGGGCUACUCUGAUGAAUGUGUUAUGCGUCUGUAUAUUUGUUCUAGACCCCAGGAACACACAAAUUUCGAUUCGAUGUUGCAGCGCAAUGUGUGCCUCCUUGAGUAAGCGAAGCAUUCACCGGCCGGUUUGCAUAGAGAUACGCUUUAGCGAACGGGUACGUGCCAGGCCAAAGGAUUGGUAUGCCGAGUGGAGGUUGUGA